AGCCACUAACCACAGCAAAGAUGGCGCCGAGAGCGCAGUGCUAGUUACGUCACAUCAGUAGUGGACGGUGACGAUACCGAAGUGCGCCGGCAGUGAGGAGUGGCGCACGGGUUCCCCUCACGCGGCGGUGGCAGCUGCGGUGGCGGCAGCGACAAUGGAGGAGGCUGCAGCGAGAGUGGGCCGCUUCAAAGCCAACUAUGCUGUUGAGCGCAAGAUCGAGCCUUUUUACAAGGGCGGGAAGGUGCAGCUGGACCGGACUGGGCAGCACCUCUUCUGUGUCUGUGGUACCAGAAUCAACAUCUUGGAUGUGGCCUCGGGGGCCAUACUACGUAGCCUGGAGCAGGAGGACCAGGAGGACAUUACUGCCUUUGACCUCAGCCCUGAUGAUGAGGUGCUGGUGACAGCCAGUCGGGCACUGCUGCUGGCUCAGUGGGCCUGGCGAGAGGGCAGUGUCACCCGCCUGUGGAAGGCAAUACACACAGCCCCUGUGGCCACCAUGGCUUUUGACCCCACCUCCACACUACUAGCCACAGGUGGCUGUGACGGGGGUGUGCGCAUCUGGGAUAUUGUGCAGCACUAUGGGACACACCACUUCCGGGGCUCGCCAGGUGUCGUGCAUUUGGUGGCCUUCCAUCCGGACCCUGCACGCCUGCUCCUCUUCUCCUCAGCCAUGGACGCCGCCAUCCGCAUAUGGUCACUACAGGACCGGUCGUGCCUGGCUAUACUGACUGCCCACUAUAGUGCUGUCACCUCUCUGACUUUUAGUGCUGAUGGCCACACCAUGCUCAGCUCGGGCCGGGACAAGAUCUGCAUUGUCUGGGACCUGCGGAACCACCAGGCCCUGCGGACCGUGCCAGUGUUUGAGAGUGUGGAGGCUGCAGUGCUGUUGCCAGAGGAACCAGCACCCCAGCUGGGUGUGAAGUCCACGGACCUGCACUUCUUGACAGCUGGCAACCAAGGCAUAUUGCGUGUGUGGGAGGCAGCCUCUGGGCAGUGUGUACACACACAGCAGCAGCUGUCAGGCCCUGGGCGGGAGCUGACCCACUGCACUCUGGUCCGAGCUGCUGGCUUACUCCUCAGUGUUACUGCUGACCACAACCUGCUGCUCUAUGAGGCACGCUCGCUUCAGCUACAGAAACAGUUUGCCGGCUACAGUGAGGAGGUAUUGGAUGUCCGGUUCCUUGGGCCUGAGGACUCCCACAUUGUUGUGGCCUCCAAUAGCCCAUGCCUGAAAGUGUUUGAGCUACAGACUUCAGCCUGCCAGAUUCUCCAUGGCCACACAGACAUUGUGUUGGCCCUCGAUGUGUUCCGGAAGGGGUGGCUAUUUGCCAGCUGUGCCAAGGACCAGAGUAUCCGUGUCUGGAGGAUGAACAAGGCUGGCGAAGUGACCUGUGUGGCUCAUGGCUCUGGGCACACACACAGCGUGGGCACCAUCUGCUGCUCUAGGCUGAAGGAGACCUUCCUGGUGACCGGCAGCCAGGAUUGUACUGUGAAGCUGUGGCCCCUCCCCGAAGUUCUGCUGUCCAAGAACAAAGCCCUAGACAGUAGUCCUGUCCUCCUACAGGCCUUGACCACACAGCGUUGCCAUGACAAGGACAUCAACAGUGUAGCUGUUGCCCCCAAUGACAAACUGCUGGCCACAGGCUCACAGGACCGCACAGCCAAGCUCUGGGCCCUGCCACAGUGCCAACUGCUGGGUGUCUUCUCAGGCCACCGGCGUGGCCUCUGGUGUGUCCAGUUCUCACCCAUGGACCAGGUGCUGGCCACAGCCUCAGCUGAUGGCACUGUCAAGCUCUGGGCACUGCAAGACUUCAGCUGCCUCAAGACAUUUGAGGGGCAUGAUGCUUCUGUACUGAAGGUGGCCUUUGUGAGCCGUGGCACACAGCUGCUGUCCAGUGGUUCUGACGGGCUCGUGAAGCUCUGGACCAUCAAGAACAACGAGUGCGUGAAGACACUGGACGCACACGAGGACAAGGUCUGGGGGUUGCACUGCAACCGUCUGGAUGACUGUGCCCUCACUGGUGCCAGUGACUCCUGUGUCAUCCUCUGGAAGGAUGUGACCGAGACAGAGCAGGCAGAGGAACAGGCCAAGAAGGAGGAGCAGGUGGUCAAGCAGCAAGAACUGGACAACCUGCUUCAGGAGAAGCGGUACCUGCGGGCAUUGGGCCUGGCUAUCUCCCUGGACCGGCCCCACACUGUGCUGACUGUUAUCCAGGGCUUAUCUUCCCUCCUCCCACAGCCAUCCGGAGGGACCCUGAGGCCUGUGAGAAGCUGGAAACCACAGUGCUCCGGCUGCGGCGAGACCAGAAAGAGGCCUUGUUGCGUUUCUGUGUCAUAUGGAACACAAACUCAAGGCAUUGCCACGAAGCCCAGGCUGUGCUGGGUGUGCUCCUGCGGCAUGAGUCUCCCGAAGAGCUGCUGGCCUAUGAGGGUGUUCGGACCUCGCUUGAGGCCCUGAUGCCCUACACCGAGCGGCACUUUCAGAGGCUGAGCCGGACACUGCAGGCAGCUACUUUCCUCGACUUCCUAUGGCACAACAUGAAGCUACCCACCCUCCCUGUGGACCCCUCAGCUCUCUGAAACACGCAGAAGGUGUACUUUUCUAUUCUAGCUCCCUGUGUCUGGGCAUUGUCUCACUUUGGGUCCUGGAUCACAACCUUGGCCAGCCGCAUCCCUGUGCCCUGGCCUGGAUAUGACCCAACAGGCCUGCCCCUCAGCACAGACACUGGGUAUAGGUCAAUCAGUAGAGUUUUUUAUUUAGAGGAAAUAGAAGAGUAUAGCCUCCUGGCCCUGCCAGUCAGGGAAUCCCACCCUCAAAUGCACUUCCCCCUGAGCUGGGGGUGGUAUGGCUGCCAUCAGGCUCCAGACUCCCUGGGGUCUGGAGCUUCUGGCCUGCUGCUCCAGCUAUGGGGUGCACAGCACAGCCCUCCAUGUGGUUCUGCAUACUCUCAAGGGGGUCCCUGACCCCCUGGGUGCCUCCCCAGUGCCCUUCGUGUGAUGGUGCAGCAGCGACUCUGAAUGGCACUCAGCAGGGGGCGGGUGGGCACAGUAGGGGAAAGGGUUGCGGCCUGCGGGGGCUCAGGGCAGCUUUGGGCCUCGUCCACCCUGUCCUCCCCACCCUCUGCCCCACAGUGGAGCCCUGGCCCACUCAGGAGCAUGCUCAACCCAUCUGGCUGCAGCAGCACGGAGGGGAGAAGACCUGUGCGGUUGCCGAACCUGUGAUAAAAGUGGGGUUUGGUUAGCACAAGGCCUUACCCUUGGCUGGACACCCCCUGCCAAAGCCCCACACCUGCACACCUGCAUAGCCACCAGCCACGGUCUGACAUUUCCAGCACGCGCACACGUGCCCCUGCAGGUACUGAUAGCUCGUCGGCCUGGCUGCUUUCAUAGGCACGGGAAGCACAGAACUGGGACCCUGGAAGUGGGGUACUUGGGGGGUCACCACAAGGCUUCCACUUCCUGGUCCCCUCAUUUCCCACUGAAUCACCAACUCUGAGAUCCCUCUUUGUUUGGAUCUCUGCUGACACCAAGGACCACUCGAAAACCCACUGGAUCUCCACCCUCCUAUGGGUACUACGCACAGGCUACUGCCACCACCUAGUCAUUCCACAGCUUCUCUCCCCUGGGUCAGGUGCUUUCUGUGGCCCAGCCUGGCUGCAUGCUGCCCAGUGGUGGUGGUGGUGGUGGUGGGCAUGGGGAGGAGGGUUAGUCUCAUACCACUACUCCCUAGGGACUGCCCCUGUUCUUGUCUCUGGCCUGGGGCCACCUCCUCCAGGUAGGGAGCAGGAAACCAUGCUAUCUGUUGGUCUUCAUUCUCUACCAGCCACCAGCCUGUGUGCAAGAGGUGGGCAGGGGUUCAGCUCCCCAGGCCCUCUGGGCUCCUGGGGGCAGAAGAUUGAAUCCCCAGACUCCUGCCCAGCCCUACCUGAGGGGUGUCGCAGCAGCACAUUUAGGGCUUCCUGGGCCUGAGCAUGGAAAAGUCGGCCCCGUGUGUCCUGGGUGCUGAAGGGCUGCAGGCAGUGUAGGCUCAGAGCCUCCAGGCUGUGGAUGGAAAGGCUGCCCACAGGGCCAGGUAGGGGCUCUUCCUGGACAGGCAAGAUCACCAGGCUGGAAAGGGCAGCAGGCACAGGCAAGAGGUGGGUGGGUGAGAAGUGUGGAGAUUGGCCUGCCAACCCUCAGAAGUCCCUCAGCUGCCCUGUCUUUGGACCUCUUAGGCCCUUUCUCCACUAUGCCACCUCCACCCUCCAGAUACUUCCCGUGGGGAGUUUGGGGUGGUCAAGCACCUGCCAGGUGGCACUGUGGGCUCCAGGUCCCAGGGUUGUGGUGCAAAGAAGCUGGUGAUCACUGGGGCCCUAGACACAUGCUUCACCAACAGCAAUGUCUGUGAAUAGGUCUCCAGCAGCCGCAGGCGUGUCAGGCCGCGGCCUGUACGCCCCCCACGCACCAACAAGGAAGUGUCUGUGGGCAUGACAGACCGUCUAACCCUGCCCCAGGGUGUUCCCCCACCAGGCUGCCCCUGCCCCUGCCCCUCCCAGGAUCCCUGCUGGCCUGACCUGGAAGCUUGGGGAGAAUGCGGUCAGAUCUCUGCAGCAGGCCCGCCUCUACUGGGAAGGUCUCCUUGAGGGUCUUCUAAGGGCGAGAACCAGCCUAUUGGUCCCAAAACCAGUAGGUCCCAAUGCCCACCGGGGUUCACUUGGGCAGGUGGGGUUCCCUUGCCAGGAUUGUAAGGACAGGAAGCCCGCCAGAGUGUGAGAACAGGCACUCCAGUGGGGGUCAUGAGUGGAUCAUGCAGUUAAGUCAGGUCGCCCCAAGUUCACUCACAUGAAGCCUCCUGAACUCAUCCCAGCUCCUGCGCACAAAGGUGUUGCUGUUGUCAGACCAGUGCACAGAGAUGGCGAAUGUCUGUUGGAGGAAAGGCUGGGGGUAUCUGGGAGGGGCUGGGCCAUGAAAACUCCCUCCUCCCCUCCCUCCCUUCUCGAGGUUGUCAGGGACCUGUAGGGUCAUACCUGGAGCCUCUCUGUCUGCACCAGAGCUGCUGCACGUACUGACACUGGGUGCCGAGGGCCUGCCAUAGCUGUGGCUUUUUGAGUCGCAAUCUGGGCCUCUGAAGCUGGCAGUGAGCAGUGAAGGGUCCUGCUGCUUCCUUGCUCACACUGGGUGGGGAGGCACUCCCGGGAACCCGGAAGAUUGGUGGGAAUUCCCCAGUGACGCCUCACCUCAGACCUGCCAGGAUCUUGUAGCGCUGCCCUACCUGCUUUCUUCACAACUUCCUCACUAUACCCUAAGCUGAAGGUUUGGGUGGAGGGGCAGAAACACAAGGCUUGAGAGUGAGAGGGGGAGCACGGAUGUGGUGGAGGGGCUAGGACUGCUGCCUGAGGCCCUCCUACCAAAGUCUGGCCUUGAGAGAAGGAAGAGUCAUCAAAGUGCCGCCAGGCCUGGCUCACCCUUCCAGCUCUCCCACGCCCUGUGGCCCUGUGUUGAUACUGGUGAGAGCCUGCUGCCAGGGUGGGCCCCACUGCUGUCUUUGAACUCCCUGGAGGUUCACAAGCAGUUAUCAGGAAUGGCUUAAUCCUACUUUGGAAAAAGGUCUUUUAAUGUUACCAAGUCACAAAGGAGGAAAUUUAUGUUAAAGGGCUGAUUGUCAGAUUUUCUGUAUGUGUUGGGAAGGGGCAGACCUCACAGGGUCACCCAGAAGUUCCCCUAUGGGGGGCAGACUUAAGGCAGAAAGAAGAGAGUCUAUCUCUGCAGUCACCUGGCACUUGGAAGUGGGGAAGGUUGUGACUAGGACUGUUUUAAGAGCAGUCUCUGAAUUCAUGAUUUAUUACAAGUACUGCAAACGCAGCCUCUGAGAUCAGGAGUGAUUAUUCCCCCCACUAACUGGGGCAGUGAGAGAAGGCCCUAGAAUCUCCAGAUGGUAUGCCUGAGUGCCCCACAUUUCUGGGCUGCUUCCUUAUAGAGAUUUCUGCAGCCCCAUCUAACUUUGGUGCAUGAUUUUCUGCUGUUGGAACUAAUGUAGGGAGGAGGCCCUGAACACACAAGAGUCCCUCUCAGUGCCUUUGUCACUCGCUGUCCCUCUGGGUCCCUGAGUUUACUGUCUCAUUAUCUCUCUCUGUCCUUGUCACUCUCUGCCUCUGAGAGGAGACCACACUGUGAAGUGUUAUUUUUCUAAUAAACUACUUUUGACUCUA